AUGGCACAGAAACCACCACCGCUGCCGCCUCGCGCCGCAUCGGCGGCCAGCACGGUCUCCUCGCUAAAUGAACCACUGCCAAGUUAUGAUGAUGCGACACACCUCAAUCCCAGGCACUCAAUAGAUCAUUCGCCUUACUCGGGAGGCUUCGAUGAUCCACGGGCCUCAUCUCAACAGUCUCUGCGACCAGUUGAGUCACGAGACGGAAGGAGAACUUUGCUACUGGUCUACAUUCAUGGAUUUGUGGGCAACGAGACCAGUUUCAAGUCCUUUCCGGCCCACAUACACAACAUCUUGACCGUCACUUUGGCCGACAGCCACGUUGUGUAUUCGAAGAUCUACCCAAAGUACAAGUCGAGGAAGAACAUCACUUUCGCUCGGGAUGACUUUAGCACAUGGCUUCUGCCUCACGACUCGCCAACCACGGAUAUCAUUCUUGUUGGGCAUAGUCUUGGAGGCAUUCUUGCCGCUGAGGUUGUUCUUCUUCCGCUCAAAGCAGGCGCGCGAGAGUCGAGACACCGCAUCCUAGGUCUAAUCGCCUUCGAUACGCCAUUUCUGGGCAUGCACCCUGGAGUGGUCAGUACGGGCAUUGCCAGCCUGUUCAGAUCAGCGCCAGAACCGAGCAGUCAAGAUACUACCCCAGCGAUGAGCCCUCUAGCGCCGACAUCUACAAACAACUCCAUGUCAGGUCUGUCAGAUUUCUCAGCAGUGAGUCCUUCGGAUCUCAACUACAACCCAUCCUUCGAUAACGACAUCAACCUACCAAACCGUAAGGGAAAGUGGGAGAAAGGCUUCUACUUCUUCAACAAACAUUGGGGUGAGCUCACCAAAGCAUCGAAGGACUAUGUCACAUCACACCUCGAGUUUGGCGGUUGUCUGCUGGACUACCCGGGUCUGAAGCGGCGCUAUGAUGCAAUCAGACUACUCGAGGAUCUUGAUGACUUUGCUGGACCUGAUCAGCGCCGCCGAGUGAGGUUCGUCAACUACUACUCGGCCAGUACCGGGCGCAUAAAAGAGCGGAAGCCGUCUGAGGCGGCUGUUGCCGAGUCUAGCAAAAGCCCAAUUGAUGCUACACUGCAUCCACCGGGACAAGACAGUGCUCCUUCCACACCACUAAGUACGAAUAGUCCUCGCAUAUCGUUGUCGGAGCACCGUGAUGGCGAGGUCAUCCAGAAAGAGCUAGAUCAGCUGCAGAUCGGUGAGGGUGAUAGGGCAUCGCUCAGAAGCGGAGGUAGUGCAAGCCCUGAGAUGACUGCUCUCGAUCCUCACCCGGAGCCAAGCAUCCCAUCAGACACCGAACUCGCCAGCAUUGCCGAGAAUGAGUCAAAGACCAUUGACGACGAUGCCUUCCCUGACCUGCCCUCGGAACCUAUCCCACCAAUACCGUUCGACCCAAGCACUUGCCACGACCCAGGCACACUCAAGCUAAGAUCAAAAGAGUACGACCGUCAACUCAAAGCAUACGAAAGGGCAGUCAAAGACCGCCAGAAGACCAUCCGUGACCGUCAAAAAUUCUUGGAAAAGAAGAGGAAGGCGGAGCAGAAAGCGGAGGACAAGAAGACCAAGGAGCAUCUGAAACGUAUCAAUACUUUGAACCCAGAGACAUACGACAAGCAGCUGCAGAAAGAGGCCAAAUCGUCUGCUCCUCCUGUAACAAAGCAAAAGGAUAGGAAGUUCUGCACGCUACCGGGGAAAGACCCAAAGACCGGGAAGCGAGACCCAACAUGGGUGCGGGUGUACAUGACCAACAUGGAUGAGGUUGUUGCGCAUACAAGCAUGUUUGUCAUGAGUGAGACUUAUGCUCAGCUUGUGGGCGACACUGCUGAGAGGAUCGAGGCUUGGGUCCAUCAGGAUGCGACAAGAAGGGCGGUGAUGGAGGCUCAGGACUAUGACUGA